UAAAACGCGACAAAGUACGACUCGCGCGUGGGCUACUGUCGUAAAAAUACACACACAACAGACAUGACUGCUGUCGGCUUCUGUGGAGAGUGGUUUGUUUUCACCUGCGACAAGAAACUCGUAGCAAUUCACACCAAACGAGCCAGAGAAUCGUUUGUGUUUGACUGCAGCACUGCUGAGAAGAAGCCGACGAAUACGAAGGAUGAUAACAACAGCUUCUCUGUCCUCAGUGAUGGCGGUGCCUCAGAGGAAACAGGAAGUGACAAAGUCCUUGCCUUCAGCGUGUCUCCAUCUGGAAAGCUUGUGGCGCUGACUGAUGACACCAAGAGACUGGUCCUGUUUCACUGUGAGCCUUCAUGGCAGUGUAUCAGCAUCAGGUGGGUGGUGAGGAGGUGCACCUCCCUGAUGUUCAGCCAGGCAGAGGACGAGCUGCUGGCCACUGACAAAUCAGGAGAUGUGUACUCCUUCUCAGUCGUGGAGCCACAGAGAGAGGGCGAGCUGAAGAUGGGCCACCUCUCCAUGUUGCUAGCUGUAAGCAUGUCACCGGACGACAAGUACAUCAUUACAGCUGACCGUGAUGAGAAGAUUAGAGUGAGCCACCUCAGGUCUCCGUACAACAUCCAGUCCUUCUGCCUGGGACAUCAACAGUUUGUCAGUGCUCUGCUGGUCCCAUCAGGUCACCCACACUGGCUGCUGUCUGGAUCAGGGGACGGGACCAUGAAGCUGUGGGAGUACGAGUCUGGUCGUGAGCUGCAGAGCUGGGACCUUAAAGAGCUUGAAGAAACGCAGAGCUCUGAGGCUGACAAACAGAAGGUAACCAAGAUGCCAACUGUGUGCCGUAUUACCAGCUCUGCUGAUGCUCGCCAUGUAGCUGUGCAGUGUGAAAGAGUGUCCACAGUUCACUUCUUCACUGUGGACCAGGAGGGUGAAGAGAAGCUGGUGCCACACAGAAGGGUCUCCCUGUCCCACUGCCCCCUGGACAUGACCUUUGACCCGGAGGGCCGGCUCUGGGUGCUGAUGGACUCCAGUGAUGCACCGCUCCAAAUAUACACGCACAGACGAGACUCCUGGGAGUGUGAUGCUGAGAGCCCUGAACUGAACAGAGUGACUGAAGCCUUCAAGCCGCACUGGGACACACUUGAGGCCUCCACAAAGACCAACAACCGCUUCGAGCAUCUGUACAAGGUGAGCUUUGACAACGUGACGACGUACCUGCAGAAGAAGCGGCAGAGACUGGAGAAGCAGCAGCAGAAGAGGGGGGUGGCACAGAAGGCAAACAGCAACAAGAAGACCAAGAAGGAGACGUCAGAAGCUGUAACUGAGUCAUCUACCUGAACGGACACUUUCACCUUUUUUUUUUAUGCUUUGAAUGAUGAAUCUCAAGCACUGGAGAGCGUGUGUUUUGCCUCUAAUUUCUGGCUGAUAUUUUUAAAUAAACCUUGCAGCUAACAUCAAACUGUA